UCUCCUAAGGGACUUUCUUUCUAUACAUCUUUGCUUAGAGGAUUAGAAGUAAAACAGAUGUUAUCUUAGAAGUGUCAUUAAAAAGGAAAUAAAAACAGAACAUUGCAUUUUGGGGUAGGACAGACUCACAGGAAGCUUCAAACUAGUUAGAAGACAUCAAUUUUUCUGUACCUGGUCAGCUCCUGUAUCUUUGGAGAAGGAUGCUGUCAGAAGGUUACCUUCACAGAAUCACCUACCUUUGUGAAGACCUGAACCCUGCGCUCUACAAGAGUUUGCCUGAUGAAGGGGUGUAUGAAAUGAGGCCCAUCAGUUAUUCUUCCACAGGCGAAGCACAAGGAAAAAGCCUCCUUCAAAGAUGCAGAUCUGCUGGCAAGUGCAUUUCCUCAGCCUGCUCCAGAGGUAGCAAGCACAGCAGAAGGCAGAAGGAUAAUCUCCCACAGCCUGUCCAGCACCCAACGCCCACAGGACAGCCACCUCCAGCUACGCAGGUCUGUGAGGAGCUGACGAAAAAAGUCACCUACCUGGUUCCACCUUCCUGCAAGAGCAUUUGCAAGAACUACAACGAUCUGCAUAUAGCUGGGGACUACGUGGUGCCAAUUAGCUCAGUGACAUCAGAUUUUGCUUGUGACAGCGGCAUUGGCCCCUUCUUGGAGUCCUCGGAGAUUCCUCCGGCCAUGGAGUCGGUGAAGGCUGUCCCCACGAGUGACACCAUCCGCAGGCCAGCCCAGGGCCACUCCUCGUGCUGGCGCCUGGCCAGCCUGGGGCCCCACCUGCAGCCCCUCUCCGACUCUGCUCUCAACGAGUACCUGGAGCAGAAGCUGGUGGAACUGUACAAGCAGUACAUCAUGGACAGCACAGCAAACAGGGCAUCCCCCACCCAGAUCCUGGCCUCGGAGCUGAUCAUGACUAACGUGGAUCAAAUCAGCAUGCAGAUAUCGCGGGAGAGGAACAUGGAGACUGUCAAGGCCAAAGACAUUGUCAUCACCCGCUUCUUACAAAUAGCCAGUGGGAAGAUUUCCUCAGAAAUGAGCACACCUACUCUGCAUAUUUCCCAGUAUAGUCACAUUAAUGCUUAGUGUUUGAAUGUUAGAAAGUUUUUAUGUUCUUCAAAGUCAGUUUUUAAGGUUUUGUUUUAAAGAUACUUCCUGCUCAAUAAAAAUGCAUUUACCAUCCAUCACUUAUAUAAAACCUUUCAGUACAUAUUAAAUAAGUAAAACUACCUGUACUACCACGCUGUGCACCUCCUUUUGGGGACCAGUAAAUUUUUUUUUCUUUUAAGUGUUUUUAAUGAACAUCAGACAUUAAAAAUUUUCACAGAAAAAUGACCAGGAGCAUAUGAAACUCUUCCACAUGCUCCAGUGUUCAUUUCUUCCCAACAUACUCGAUGUAUCAUUUCAAAUUUCCUCUCUCUGGCAUCUGCCAUCCUGCCUCUGGGUCUGUGCUUGUGCAGCUUCCACUCACCUGAGGCUAAGUAAGCACAGUGAUGGCACAGCCACAGAAAUACAGAAUGUAGGAUGCCAUCCAGUUCACUUCCCUGCCCUUAAGGGCUUUACUUAGGACAUCCCUCACAGAAGGUUUUAUAAUUUGUUUUUAAAGACAUUCAGGGAUAGGCAGUUUACAGCUCUUUCUAUACUAAUCCAAAUUAUUUAAUUGGUGUCUUCCUGUUGAAGAGUUACCAUCCCUUUUCAUGAAGCAUAAGCUCUGUUUCCAAACAGACAGCAUCCUCUGGAGUGUGUGUGUGUAAACCUGUGUGCUUUGCAGUGACUUGGACCCUCACAAUGAGCACUGGGGACCUGUGAUCACAGACAGACACCACCUUUGCCAGGUACCUGACGCUGUGGAGGGAUCCUGUGGGGACAGCAGUAGUAAUAAAGGGAGAAGAGGAAGGAGAAUUCACCUUUGUUAUGACAAUUAGAUGUUGAAGAAAAAGGGCUACUCCAAGGUCAAUUGGAUUAAUGUGAUUAGUGCCCUGGAAUGCAGAAGAAAAGCUGAAAUGGAGCAUUUGACGCUGUGUCUGAAUACUUGUUUUGCUAGGAUUGUUGUAUCAUACGUCAAAGUCAUUUGAACUUGAUGUAUUUCUGAUAGAAGGUCCUAUUUUGUAAAAUUUCACCAAGUCUUGAAAAAGGCAAAAACAAAACAAUAACCAGAGCUGCAAGGGUUGGUUACUUGUUUGGUAACUAUCUACUCCUAGUGUUCAUAAUGCAUAAUGUAUUGACAAUGCCAAUCCAUCAUUGGUUGAAGUUCUGAGCAUCAGUAUAACAUAAGUACUUAUUUAUACUAUAUAUUCAUAAAAUGAUUUCAUGUUAUU